GCCUACAUGAAUCCAAUAGCAAUGGCCAGAUCAAGGGGUCCAAUCCAGUCUUCGGGGCCAACAAUCCAGGAUUAUCUGAACCGACCCAGGCCUACCUGGGAAGAAGUGAAAGAGCAACUAGAAAAGAAAAAGAAAGGCUCCAAGGCUUUGGCUGAAUUUGAAGAAAAAAUGAAUGAGAACUGGAAGAAAGAACUAGAAAAGCACAGGGAGAAAUUACUAAGUGGAAAUGAGAGCUCAUCCAAAAAAAAACAGAGAAAGAAGAAGGAAAAGAAGAAAUCUGGUAGGUAUUCAUCUUCUUCUUCAUCAAGCUCUGAUUCUUCCAGCAGUUCUUCAGAUUCUGAGGAUGAGGAGAAGAAGCAAGCAAAAAGGAAAAAGAAAAAGAAGAAUCGUUCACAUAAAUCUUCUGAAAGCUCCCUGUCAGAAACUGAGUCAGACAGUAAGGAUAGUUUAAAAAAGAAAAGGAAGUCAAAGGAGGCAACUGAGAAAGAAAAGGACAUUAAAGGACUUACCAAAAAAAGAAAGAUAUAUCCUGAAGAUAAACCGUCAUCAUCUGAGUCCUUGUCAGAAUCAGAUUAUUCUGAAGAGGUGCGAGCAAAAAAGAAGAAAAGCAGUGAAGAACGAGAAAAAGCAACAGAAAAAACAAAAAAGAAAAAGAAGCAUAAGAAACACAGCAAGAAGAAGAAAAAGAAGGCUGCUAGCUCAAGUCCUGACUCACCAUAACAUUAACAAAAACCAGGAUUCCCCUAUGAAGAAAGUGCAAUGUCUAAGGAAAUUUCAACUGUGAAAAUUAUGAUAUAUUUACUAAAAUGCAUGAAUUUUCUUGUUUUUAGAAUUGUUCCUGGACUAUUCAAUAGCUACUCCGAUGCCGCUAUGUGAAAGGGCCAUAACUGUUGCUUGCUGCUUGAACAUCUACCUUUUCUCCUCCAGUGCGCGAUAACCUGGGAGAUCACACACUGCAGUCAUACUUGUGGUUAAGACACUUGGGAAGAAAGCUAAUAUUUUUGACUAGAAGUAUCUAGUGAUAACUCAGUAGAAACUGAAUCUGGAUACAUCUUUAAGGUGUAAUCAGAAAUAUCCAGAUGACUCUAGUUAAAGUUUUUAAAGUAGGGAUUAUAUUAAUUUUGAAAUCCUUACUGUGUAGAUAAGUGUAUUUUAACUCCCCCCCUUGUAUACUUUUUAUUUACCUCGGGAAUGAGCUUUUAGGGUGGAGGGGGGGUGGUUUGCUAUGUCUUUAGCUAGCAGAAUAGUGUGCCUUUGAUCCUCACACCCCCUACUUCUGUGGACACAGUAGCCAAGCUCCCUGGGGAGGUCAGAGCCGGGUAUGAGCGUCUUUCCCUUUACUGAGCUUCCUGGACUCUGUCGUAUGCUGCUUUGAGUGAACCACAGAAACAACCCUUUGCAGCAUGAGAAGCCCCAGAGCUCUGAGUUCACCUCCACAUCCGUAAUAACUGAAUGUUUUUUAGCUUUAGAAUGUGUUACGUCAUUUGAAUUAAUUUUUGACUAUACUUUGGCUUUGGAGAGGAAUUGUUUCAUAUAGACACUGGUACUUUUUGAACUAAUAGCUAAAGAUUCUAAAGUGCAUGUUUUAUACUGUUAAGUUUUAACCAGUCAGGAAAAUUUUAUGUAACCAACGAUAGUUACUUUAUUUUUUUGUAUGAAUGUUGUUUAGGCUGCAAUGUUUAGCUUUUAUUAACUCUUUAUUCUUACAGUCUCCAGUUCAUUACUAUGUUUAAUGGCACCCUUGCCAGGAUAUUUAGCAUGUAAAAAGCAGGUUUUGAGUUUUUGUUUUUAAACAGCUUCAUAUUGAAGCUGAGACUUAUAAACAAGUUGAGUGGCAGGCCUGGUAUGCUGUAUCUUGUUACAUAAAGCUAUUGCCAGAAUCUUAGUAAAUACAAUGUUUUAAAAGUUUGUUGUCUUUGUAUAUUCCUAACAGAUUAUGACAAGUUAAAUUUAAGUGAGAAUUGUAUUACUGCUCUUCUUGUGUCAUAUUUUACUAAGAUUUUGUGCCUCAUAUCUCUUAAUGAAUUAUUAGGAAUGUUAAAAGGAAUUGAUAAAUCAUUUUCAUUUUACAUUUUUAUAUAAUCAGGUAAUAUGAAAUAUAAUUUGAUGUACAAUUUUGCCUGUUACAGAGGGUGUGCUAAUUAUAGUGGUAUAUGCACAGAACAUUUUGGCAUGACAAGAAGCUGAAUAAAUAGCUAUUUUACUUAAAAA